CCGAAUGACGCUUCUGGGUCAUUGAGCCCACGAGAAACACCCCUUUCGAGCUGAUGAUUUAAUUACUCUAUCGAAAAGGCACUUCUCACAUCCUUUCGUUGGAAGACAACUGAUUCUCAAACAGACAAAUUUCGAGAAAAGAAAAAAAAAGAAGAGCCAGGCCCCUGAAUCGAAGAUGAGGUGCUGCUGCCUAUUACUUGGAGGAGUGGUCGUGAUUGCGGGAAUAGCCUGGGCCAUUCCGAAGCUGUCACGUCCAAAACUUUAUGGAUCUGCGAUCCCUCCGAGGGAGCUGGAUCCAUCUUUCAACGCCACGAAGCGGAAGAUCCUUCUGAUCCACAACUUCUUCCGGUCCAGGGUAGAGCCAACAGCUGCCGACAUGCUCGAAAUGACUUGGCACGACGAGGCUGCUUCUGAUGCACAGCGCUGGGCCGAAUCUUGUCAACUGUUGGUCCACGACAACCUGACGGGCAGAUGGACAGACGACUUUGGUUCCUGCGGCCAGAAUAUCUUCGUGGCCAAUGUCCAAGUGCCGUGGUUUUUCGCUGCCAAGGUCUGGUUCCUGGAAAAAGUCAACUUCACCUACGGAGAGGAUCUCAACGAUCCGAAUGUCGUCGGCCACUACACGCAGAUGGUGUGGCAUAGCACUCACCGUGUGGGGUGCGGCUUCAACUACUGUGAAGCAGACAACAGCACUAUUUUCCCCUACUAUAGCUACGUCUGCAACUACUGCCCUAUAGGAAACCACCCAGAAAGAUUCGAUCGGCCCUACACCAACGGAACAGCUUGCUCAAAAUGCGAAGAUCACUGCAAAUUCAACAAACUUUGUACAAAUGGUUGUCCAUAUGCAGAUUUCUGGUCCAACUGUGCAGAAUUGAAUGCUACAUGGAGCAACUGGCUGUGUGACGACCCAACAACGGACAGAUAUAGGGCAUGUCGAUCCACUUGCGCUUGUUCUGGAACCAUCCGCUGAAGAGAUGAAGAGAAACUGUUCAUUCAUUAAAAGUGUCACAAUGCUGUCUAUUGAUCUUUGUCAAUUCUUACGUACAUUUAUACAAAAAGAAAAUGUGCAUCUUAC